AUGUUGCGGAUAAAACAUCGUCCGGCACACUUGCUACAGCGGACACGUGGAUCGCGCUACAAUUCCCAGCUUGCAUCGCUCUCGUUCGAGCCCGAAACCGUGCGCCAUGACUACCCCUUCACGUCAGCCUACCCUGUGGGAUCCAAGGUCAUCAACGAACAGCACUUUUACCAAAAUGACAUUCUCUUCAACUGGUACAACAAAUCGCCGCAUCCCGUGUCGCUUCGACAGCUGGCCUUCUUUGGUCGAAAGUUGACGGAAGAGAAGAUGAUUGGAAGUGCCAACUUUGUGCGAACCGAGCUGCCCACCCGUCUGGCCCACCGAAUCAGAGACUUGCAGUGUCUGCCUUUCAGUGUCAUGCGCAACGAACACAUGUCCCAGGUUUACGAGCUGUACUACCAAGCAUUCAACCAGUUUCGAAAGUUCCCCGCUAUCAAGACUUUGGAAGAUAAUGACAAGUUUUGCAAGCUCGUCUCUGAUCUGCUACUCGAUCAUCUGACCAUCAUUCCGUCGCUGGUCACUGGCGGUAUCGAAUGUGCAAUGGACCAGCUGAUCGAACCCAAGAGACUUGACGACGUGAUGAGUCUCAUGCUUAGGUCGAGAAUCUCCAGAAGGGUCAUUGCCGAGCAGCACAUUUCGCUUUCCCAAUCCUUCAACGAGUCGCUGGCACAGGGAAAGCGUGAGACGGCAGAGAAAGCAAGCGACUACAUUGGGGAGGUCUUCCUCCAGUGCUCUGCCAAGGAUUGCAUUCGCACCGCUUCUGCGCAGGCAGAAACCUUCGCAGUUCAGGUCAUCUCCAAGGAGCUGUACAUGUCGCCAGCAGAUAUCGUGGUACCCGAAGUGGUGGUUCAAGGGGAAGAUGCCAAGUUCCCUUACAUGGACUCCCAUCUCAAGUAUAUUAUGGGUGAGAUUCUGCGAAAUGCAUACUACGCAACCAUCCGACGACAUAUUGUAAGUGGAAAGGGAGGAACGCCACCACCGAUCCUCGUGUCCAUCUCCAACACACCCUCUGAUGUGCGAAUCCGGUUCUCAGACCAGGGAGGAGGUGUCCCCAAGGAGGUUCAGCCCCACAUCUGGUCUUUCGCCAAAGGCCCUGAAGCUACCUCUCGUCUGGACAUGUUUAAGCGAAUCCCCAAGCUCGCUGGCGUGCCCCACGAAGUAGACUUUGCUGGAAAUCUCGACACCAAACGAGUUAUUUCCACAGAUACACAUGAAUCCUCUCUAGCACGCUUCUCAAACCGACCUCCUAAUGUCAAGCUUGGAAUCGGUCUGCCCAUGUCCAAGGUCUACGUGGAAUACUGGGAUGGUAGCCUGGACCUCACAUCUCUGGAAGGGCAUGGAACGGACGUUUCUCUGCGAAUCUCUCGUCUCGGUAAUCAGAACGAGAAGUUGCAACUCGACAGAGUCUAA